AUGUCUGAUAUGAACCUCUUGACCAGAUUCAUGCUACAGACGUCGAAAAAGAUGAGUCUCCAUCAGAAACGAAUGUUCAUUUGGCAGCAAAUUAUCCCAGACAUGGCGGCAGAAAGGGAAUACCUGAUGCAUCUACUCCUCGCACUCGCUGGGGCACAUGCUCUAUAUGAAUCAGAAAUAGCCAGCACUGGAACACCAAGCAUAGACGGUAGUCAAUUAAUCCCUUCCUCGAUUGACAAUCCAGCGAUCCAUGACCUUCAUCGCAUCAUUGAACAUCACCAAAAGGGACUCAGAGGAUUCAGGGAGGCUCUGUCAGACAUGACUGCUGCUACUGCAGAAUAUGUCUUCUGUGGCUCACUUUUAAUCGUCGCCUUUGCCUUUGCCUCUUUAUCAAUUCGAGACCUAAGUAGGACGGAACCGGCACUGAGGAACGGAGACAAUGACGAAAGUCCGUUUACUGACUGGCUCCAUUUGGUUCGCGGGCUGACAAGUGUGGUUCAAGAACACUGGUUUACCCUCAAGCUCAGCAGACUGCGAGACAUGUUAUAUUACGAGUACGCCAACGAGGAUUGGAGACAUACUCUUUCAACAGCCCGUGUCCCACGUUUAACUAAUGGUUCCCGUAUGGUGUUGAUGUUUGCGGACGGCGCCGCUCGAGAAAUUUCUACGCUACGCACCUACGCAACCACAUUGUCUUCCAGCCCUGCAGCACACGAGGCCAAUCCUACCUCAAUCCAGUAUUCGCCAGAUAUUCCGACCGGAGAAGAUGAUAAACAGGACGAGCAUUCCAAUACAAUUGAUAAGCUAGAGGAGAUAUAUAUGCGUAUUCUUAAUGUGUUUCACUUUGCAGAAAGUAAGCGUGAUUGCUCUGCAUUGCGAGAUUUUCAGAUCGAUCUAGAAGAGGCCGCCGUCUUAUCCUGGCCUCAAAUGGUAUCGAACGUCUUUAUUGCCUCCCUCAGGCCACGGGAUCAAGUUGAGAUUGCUGAAGGAUUCUCGUACACGAUAUUGGCUCAUUUCUAUUUGGUCUUCGUUCUCUUUGAGGACUUGUGGUAUAUUAAUCGGGGUUUUUACAAGGAGAUCGAGAAGAUCUUUCAGCUUGUGAAUGCUUUAAACAAUGAUCGACUUUUAACUCUCAUGGAGUGGCCGAUGGCUGUCAUAGCAGCAAACCGAAUGGAAUGA